CUUCCUUCUACUGGCACUUACUGAUCUUACCGGAAUAGGUCAGAUGCACUGAUGUCAAGUUUUAAAUGUUUCUGAAUGUGAAGAAGUAGAAGAGAGACGAGUCUCCUGGUACACAUAAUGGAGCUAGAAGAAAAUCGAAGGAAAUGGAAAGGGGCCCGACACCCCCAGUUGGCCCCUUGGGUCUUGGCUAUUGUUUUCAUCUCGCUUCUCAGUGCUUGCUUCACAGCAAGUUGUUUGGUGACUCACCGUUACUUUUCACGAUGGGAAAGAAGAACAGAAAUGGUGAAGCUCUCAGAGUACCACACAAGGCUAACAUGUGUCCGAGGGGAGCCAGAGCCUGGAGCUACAGGAGGUACCUGGAACUGUUGUCCUGAUGGCUGGAUAGCCUUCCAGUUUAACUGUUACUUCCCCCUUAAUGACAACCAGACAUGGCAUGAGAGCGAGAGGAACUGCUCAGGGAUGGGCAGUCAUCUGGCGACCAUCAACACCGAAGCAGAGCAGAACUUUAUGACUCGGCUUUUGGACAGACAAUUUCCCUAUUUCCUGGGACUUACUGAUCAGAACACGGAAGGUCUGUGGCAGUGGGUAGAUCAGACGCCAUUUAAGCCACACAUGGUAUUCUGGCAUGAGGGUGAACCCAAUGACUUUAGGGAAGAAGACUGUGUUGUUCUUGUUAAUAUCGAAGAUCAAUGGGCCUGGAAUGACUUUCCUUGUCACUUUGGGGCAAGUAGGAUUUGUAAGUUACCUGGAGUAAUAUUCAGUUGGAAGCCCACAAAGGGGUCCUUAUGAUGGAGAUGGCAAAGAUGGACCUAUCAGAGCAGGGAAAAGUGUCUAUGCAACAUAGAAGUAGAGAGCACGCUGGAUCAUGGGGGUACCGUCAACCAUGAGGAUGUUUUUAAUUAUCUUUGCUUAAAUGUAAUUCAACAUAAAUAGUGUGAUUUGUGCUCUCUCUCCUCCCUCUCUGGAUGUAUGUGUGCUCAUAUGCUUAAGAUAGGUUUUGUAUGGUGUUUUGGUGGAAUGAUCAUCGUUCUAUGGGAAUCAGGUUUUAUCUUUGCUUCCUUGACAGUAUUUUAAGACAUUUACUUUUCAGACACUAUGUAUUAGUUAUGUAUUAAUGGAAGAGUUGAAUAAUACAAUCUUUUUGCCAUUU